AUGUUAUCCUUCUUCAAAGGUCUCAAACAAAUGCAGCCUCAGCGGUCGGUAGCUAAGAUAUCCAUCCUAUGUCGUGGUAAAUCAAUCAGCCGCGAGGAACUGUUCGCAUAUACCAAUGGGCAUUUUCUUGUCAACGAGCAAUGGCAACUUGAUCGGCGUUAUAUCAAAUUCGACAUAGAUGCCCUUUGCGAUGUUGCCGCUUCCGCCGGUGGGGACCUGUCUCGGAUCACAACAGUGGAAAAGCUCGAAGGAGGUUUCAGUAAGGCUCUUCUAAUGAAGAAGGAAAAUGGAAAAGAAAUAGUGGCAAAACUUGCAUGUCGUAUUGCUGGGCCAGCCUCCCUUACAACCGCGUCCGAAGUAGGUGUUCUCGAAUAUGUGAGAAAGUAUACCAAUGUUCCUGUUCCACGUGUACUUUCCUGGUCUUCGGACAAGUCAAAUCCUGUGGGUGCUGAAUAUAUUAUUUUGGAAAAAGCUGCGGGAAUUCCACUCUUUGAGCAAUGGGAAAAGAUGACAGAAAUUGAGAAGCUCACGUUAACAAGGAAUUUAACUAAGCUCGAGGCACAACUUUCAGCUAUUCAUUUUCCUGUCUAUGGCGGACUGUAUCAUUUGGCAGAUGCGAACCGCUUAGAAUACCAAGCACUUGAUGAGAAUAUAGAUCCAUCCAAGAUGUUUUGUAUUGGUCCGUCUUGUGAUCGUUUCUUUACUACUGAUCAAGCUACGGACCUGCCUGUUCCAAGUGAAGAACUUGAUCAGGGGCCUUGGAAUACAUUGUCGAGUUAUGGGAUAGCGAUUGCGAAACGCGAAAAAUCACGGAUCUUAAGCAGCCGCUCGAACAGUAGACCAUUAUUCGCUAAGGGAACUAUCGAGGAACAAAUCCGGCUUUUAGAGAUUACAAUAAAUCUCAUGCGGAUAAUGGACUUGCAUCCGAUUUUGUCUCAGUUUUCACAGCCUACACUAUGGCACACCGAUCUCCAUAUGGGAAAUAUUUUUGUUGCGUCUGAUGAUAACGCCCGAAUAACAUCACUUAUUGAUUUUCAGUCUAUUUCAAUUCUUCCGUUGUUUCUUCAAGCUCAGUGGCCGAUCUUCUUAAAACCUCCACAAAAUUACACUAAAGGACUUGUACGGCCAAAGCUUCCAGACAAUAUUAAUGAAUUAGAUAAGGACGAUAGGACAGUUACUCUACAGGAGUGGUCACAGUCCAAACUAGCGAAGGGAUACGAAGUUGCGACACUUCUUGAAAACAAACGCGCGUAUAGUGCUAUGAAUAUACCUCGUGUCUUCCGAGAUAUUUUUGUUCGAUGCAGUGAAAUAUCUGAAGUUGGCGCUAUCCCACUCCGAGAAUGCUUAAUAGAAAUACAGCGGAGCUGGUUGAGCCUAGGUUUCAUCGGAGACUGUCCUAUUUCGUUCAACAAUGAAGAGAUCAAUGCCCACAAACGCGAAUUUGCAGAAUAUCAGGCCUGGGAUGAGGCCCAACAACUCGCUCUGGAAUGCCUGGACACUGAUGCUGAGGGUUGGAUCGCUCCUCAGUUAGAUAUCUCAGAGAAAAGGAGGCAAAACAGGGAGCUACUUGCCAUGUACAUCGAACGAAAAGCUAUGGAAAAGCCCGCUGGAGAGGUGAGAGCGCUCUGGCCGUUCCCAGAUGACUUAUAG